AUGGCUUUUCGGGAUAACCGCAACGCCGACGAUGGCGGAGCGGACAAGCUGCGCAUUUCCAUGACCAACUUGAUCCUUGGUCGAGACCCCAUCGUGUCAGGCAACAGGCAGGGCCAGCGCAAGGAUGAGACCGCCAAGAUACACGCGUCUGCUAACGGCACUGGUGGUGAAGCUGAGAAAAUUGUUGACACUUCUGUCGCUGCCAGCCAGGCAGAGGAAAACAAAGACGCGGCCGCGCCCACCGGUGGUGACGCCGCUGAGACUGCCAGCGAGGUGGCCAGCUCCUGCUCGCAUGGUGCAUCGUCUGAUGAGUGCUCGGACUGCAAGAACAAGUGCAGCGAGUAUGAGGAAGCUGAAGGUAACGAUCAGGAGGGCUCUGCUUCCGCUGAGGACACUGUCUCUGUCGAGAACUCUGCCGCUGCCCAGGACGAGAACUCGUCUGUUGGUGCAGAUGCCGACCAGCCCUCGUCUCCGGCUUCGGCCUCUGCCUCGGCCAACGACGGCGACUCCGCAAGUGAGGGUAACACGGGAGAAUCGCCAGACAAGGUUGCUUCCGCGUAUGAUGGCUCUGCUCAGCCGUCCGACAAAGAAUUGUCGGUUCACAGCAGCUCUGGUGCCGAGAGCGGCGGUGAAGAUCAAGACUCGUCUGGAAAGGGCGACGACGCUUCUACUGGUAUUAGUACUCCUGGAGCGGACUCCUCCAACGACGGUGCCUCUGACCAAGGCAGCCACAAGGCGGCAUCCGCAGAGAACACUGACAGCAAUGAGAGCAGCGGUCCAGGCCCCGCCUCCGACUCUGGAUGGUCCAUCUCGGAGGACCAUUUGCUUCGUGGCAUGAAGGAGGCUGGCGAUGUCACCUGGGCUGAGAUCGGACAGGCCCUCAACCGUGGCAAGAACGAAGUGAAGGCACGUUGGAAGGUCAUUCAGAAGGCUGGCGAGAAGCAUACCGCGGAUGCCGACAAACCACAGUCUUCGGCUUCCGAGCCGUCUGGCGAGAACAAGAAACCCCGCAAGCUUGGAAAGGCCGACAACUCCCAGGCCGCGUCGUCGGAUGGUAACGACGGUGAUGCAGAGUCCGUUGGCGAGGCCACCAAAGGCUCCAAGAGCAAGGGCAAAGGUAAAGGCAAGGCGCCCGCCAUCAACCACCAACCCAAAUGGCGCCGAUACAAGGGCCAAGACCAGAACAAGUCCGCCAGCUCCAAGGCCGCAACCAGCGAGCAUGAAGGCGACGGGUAUGAAGACGGCGAGUAUGAAGAAGAUGACAAUGAGCAGCACGUCGUGCUCUCAGGCGAGGAGGCUUCGUCCGAGAGCUCCUUCAGAAUCGACGGUAAGGACGACGAGGAGGAUGAAGAAGAAGAAGACGACGGCGGCUACCAUGCUGCUCACUACGCCCACAAGACGCGCGAGGAGAUCCGAUACCUUCAUCAGGAGGUCUACCGCGAGCUCUACCCCGACAUGGUCGAUCUGCAGCCUGACGAGUACUUUGGCGAGGAGGACUGCGCGGUCCUCGCUGCUAUGGACAGCAAGUACAAGCGAUCGCGCUACCUCGAGAUGCAGGCCAACUUCUUCAACGCUACCGGCCGUCUCGUCCCGCUGCACCUCAUCCGUGACAAGAUCGAGCGCGCCGAGGAGGAGUCCAGCCGCGGCCGCAGCCGCGAGCCUCGUUCCGCCGCCAACCGCCAUGACGCGGUCGAGAAAUGGGUCAAGGGCGUCGAAGAGGCCGGCGUGCCCGAUGCUGGUGCCGCUGGCACUGCCGACGAAGCUGGUCCUGCCCCGAAGGCUGACCCCGCCGACGAGGCAGCUCUCUAA